AUGGCUGAACAGGCGUCAGACCACAACAGUAACAAGCAGCCGACACAGCUGGCGGGUCUUCUACAUCCGGAUCAUAUAUCCCUGAGGAAUUCGCCGGCGGAUCCGCCUCUGAAUGCCAUGUUUCACGAUCCGGAAUACGACACUGACGCACAUGUGGCUGACCGUAAAGACUUGAGGUCAAUAUCGCCUCUUGAGGUUACUGGAGAAGAAAGCAAGAGUAAUGUGGGCCAUGACUUCACUGAUGUGUUGAAGGAGCAGAUUGACUUGCGUCUCGCAUCGAAUAACCCAGCCGUGGUGAUGGAAUUGGACCUAGACGGGAAUAUCCGUUAUAUGCUGAAGAACUGGGAGCUUGUGGUGGGUACACUGGUAAAGAAGCUUGUGGGUAAGCCUAUACUGAAUAUUCUUAUAGGUUCUUCUGACCAAGACUUGCAAGUAUUCAAUAAUGCCAUUACUCAGAUGAUCCAGGACAAUGCCUCGUAUAAGGUUAAGUUCCUUACGGCUACAAAUGAUGUCUACAAAAGGGAGGUUACAGACGAUGAAGAUAAAGAUGAUCCUGAAGAACGUGGACCGGUAUCUUUAGAACACGAGCAGGAACUAGAAGGAUCAGUCGAACCGGCUAAGCGGAGCCCUGCCUCUUCAAUUGGCGAAAGCACAUUUGACAAUGCGUCUACAAACUCACAGGUUUCCAAUAACGGUGACGUAAUUGAACUAGAAGCACAAGGUAUUCUUAUCCUUGACAGUAAAACAAACCUUCCAUCUUACUCGAUAUGGACCAUCAAACCGUUUGUUCACAUAGACAUGGAGCUCACGAUCCCUGAGGCGCUUUUUGAUCUUUUGGGAUUCGGCUCGGAGAUUUUUGAAGGCUACUUAUUGAGCCUUAAGGAAGCUGGAAUUUUAGACGAGGACUCUGUCCCUGACCCAAAGCUAAUAUUGUGCCAUAUUUGUGAGACUAACAUCCCAGCGUGGUUCAUUGAAAAGCACUCAGACUUGUGCAUUGUCGAGCAUAGAGUAUCGGAAGAGCUUCAGUCUUGCCAUGAUGCUCUCGCAGACCAACGAGAUUUGAUAUUGAAGGUCUCGGACAGUCUCUGGCUGCAACAGUUUGAGUCACACAGCGGAUCGCUGAGCUCCUUGCUGACACUAAGCUCAAAUUCCUCCACAUCCUCGGUAGCGUCUGGAAACGUUUACGAGUACAAAGGAAUCCCACUACCGUCCAUGAGUUCGGAAGGGUUAUCGCCCCGUGGAAAUGUUCCUCUGUUGAAGACAAUCACCAGGAACUCCAUUCUACGGACCCGAAAGUUACCCUUUGGAAUUCUACUGAGGCUUCUUGAGUAUUGCGACGAGGCUCUUAACAUUAAUCCCGCAGAUAAAGAUGAUGAAACAGGUGAAUUACAGUUCUCUCCAAAUACAGAACGUGCUAUCAGUGCUGUCAUGAAUUGGAAGGCCCUUGAAACAUCCGAUCCAGCUAUUAAGAGGAUGGUUGAAGAUACUCAGCAGCUGGUGAAUGAAAAAAUGGAAUCACUCACAAGACUUAUUUCCAUUAUUCAGUAUGGGGACAAGAUCAAGCAAGAAGUGGAUAGUCUCGUUCUACAAUCAGUCAAAGACACAGUAUCAAAAAUCAGAGAAAAGACUUAUCAACAAGAAAAUCCUGAUCAUAAACCUCGUACGCAAUCCUCGAGGUCAAACUUCCGUCACAGAUCAACAUCUUCGAGUGAUUCGCUGUUUAGUCACAGGAAUUCAGACUCCAGCUCUGCAACUGGAUUUCCUUUCAUAUCUGCAUCGCCUUCUGCAUUACCACCGCUGCCACUUUCUCAGCCUGGGAAUUUGCAUUCUCCACAACCUUCUCGUGUGAGAAGUCCACCGUCUAGACUAUUAGGUGAGCCCUACGAAAAUAGACCAAGGCUCUCUUCAUCAACAUCGCCGCAUUCCAUUACCCCAAGAGAUCUUCUCAAAGACAGAGUUAGUCCACUGAUAGAGGAAAUCACACGACUGGUCUCUCGUCCAGGCUCUGCAGCAUCUUCUCACUCUUCUCAGACUCGUCAAAGCAGAAAAGAUGUCGAAGAAGCAUUGAAGGACCUUGAUAUCACAAGACGACCUCCUGAGCUUGCAUCUGAUGCAUCUACAGUGUCGUCUCCAAGGCGUCAUCUUUCACCUGCCCCAUACACUGAGCGUCCAAACUUUAACUCCUUCCAAAGGAACUUCGGUUCACGUAUGGAGUCAUCGCCAUUAAGUUCUCCCUCAAUGACGCAUUCUGAUAUGAAUGAUGAUGUUCCAGCCGUCCCUCCUGCUUCCUUGUCUAAGAAAAGAACAAGCUCAUCUGGAAGUAACAGCUUGCCUACUUUGAUAACCAGUCAACAAAGUACGCCGUUGCAAUUAAGCUCUGCUUCUUAUACCCCAGGUCAUAACAGAAACAGUUCAUCUUUCUCAAGCAAGCCUCCGUUGUCACCAUUACUUGUUUCACAGACACCAACGUCCAAACCUUCGAAUGGAGGAAUCAGGGACUACGAGAUUAUCAAGGCUAUCAGUAAAGGUGCUUUUGGUGCUGUGUUUUUGGCUAAAAGAAGACUUACCGGUGACUAUGUUGCCAUUAAAUGUCUUAAGAAGAGAGAUAUGAUUGCGAAGAAUCAGGUUCUUAAUGUCCGAUCUGAGCGGGCGGUUAUGAUGAAGCAAACCGAUUCACCAUAUGUUGCUCAACUUUACAGCAGUUUCCAGACUAAGGAUUACCUAUACUUGGUCAUGGAAUAUUUGAAUGGUGGUGACUGUGCGACGUUGUUAAAGAUGUUGGGAACCUUAGGAGACAAAUGGGCCAAGAGGUAUAUCGCCGAAGUCAUUGUUGGGAUUCAUGAUUUGCACUCCAGAGGGAUUAUUCACAGGGAUUUGAAACCAGACAACCUUCUCAUUGAUAGUACGGGUCAUCUCAAGCUUACUGAUUUCGGCUUAUCUAGGAUCGGUGUCGUCGGAAGACAUACUGCUCAACACAGAAAGAGUUCAAGUUCGGAGCACGCCAUUGAGCUUUUCAGAAAGAGUAUUCUGAGUGGUGGUACAUUACCACAAAGCCCCCUAAUUCCCAGCGGAAGUGGUGAUUCUCCAGAAUUGUUACCUUCAAUGCACCAUAAAAGGACAUCCUCAGUGACGCCAUUUUCUUUAUCGCCAACAUUGGAGCAUAUCAAGCACAAGCCUGGUCCAAGUUCUACUCUCCCAGUGAACCCAACAAAGAUGUCCCCAUCUGAGCCUGGCCCACAAACUCAAAAGAAGAGGUCUGGUUCAAUGCUCAAGUCUAGUGGGACUAGAUCAGGCUCCAACAGCAGCGGUGUCGACUCUCCAGGCUUGAAACCAUCCCUUCCCAGAACUUCUUCCGAUUCUUCAUUUGCCAUUGUUGACGACGAUUUCCAAUACAGUCCACAUCAGUAUGACAACAGCAUCAGCUCCUUCGCUCUUUACAACCCUGAGGAAGAAGGUGAGGUAAAGAAGUUUGUUGGUACCCCAGAUUAUCUCUCCCCAGAGACAAUUACAGGCGAUAGGCAAGGUGAGUACUCCGACUGGUGGUCUAUUGGGUGCAUCCUUUUCGAGUUUUUGUUUGGAUAUCCACCUUUUCAUGCGGACACUCCGGAUCAAGUUUUCAAAAACAUCCUCAAUGGUGAUAUUGAUUGGCCUCCUUUACCAGAGGACGAGGAAAAAGAAAUUUGUCCUCCUGAGGCAAAGGAUUUGAUAAAGCGUCUUCUUGUGUUGAAUUAUGAAGACCGAUUGGGUUUUAAUGGAGCGGACGAGAUAAAGCUGCAUCCAUACUUCCGCCAAAUAAAUUGGGACACAUUAUACUCGGAGGUGCCGGACUCGUUUGUUCCAAUAGUUGAUGACCCGGAAUCUACAGACUACUUUGAUUCAAGAGGUGCUGAUAUGUCACACUUUCCUCUUGAUGACGAUGAUGGGGACGCUGAUGAUGAACAACUCCCAGCGUCAGCCAAGGAACUUGAAACCCAGGACGGUUACUUCGGCGCUGAACCUCCUUCACAGCAUCUUUCCCUUCCAGCUUCGCCAAUGCUCAGUAGACGCGAGAGAAGAAGCAGCAAGUUGGCGGAUACUAGUGAGUUUGGUUCUUUCCAUUUCCGUAACUUGAAUGUGCUUGAGCGUGCUAACAAGGACGUCAUCAACAGGCUAAAGAACGAGCACCUUGAGCAUAGGAAUAGCUUUUCGUCAUCAUCAUCGGAAUCCACUCCAUUGGGACAUACCAAAUCAAGAGGCCUGUCAGUUUCAUCUACAAUUGUUAACCCUGGAAGUCCUUUCAAGAGGCCAGUCUCUCCUGUCGCAAACAGGUCACAAUCUCCAGUGAAAGACAAGGGUAGCACUGGAUCACUUAAAAGAGAGAGCUCUAGUAAGAGCAGUAGUGGAUCUGUCAAGACUACCGUGGAAGAAAAGGCUCCUUCAGGCAAGCCAAGUGCAUCUUCUCUUGCCCGAAACCUUCUUCAAAGAAACUCAGGCGAUGUCCUUUACUCUCCACCUGCAUCAGACCCUGAAGAUAGUUCAUCUGCUUUAUCCAGAGUGAGACAGAGGAGGGAUAGUUUAAGAAGAGGAGGUAGCUUUGGAGCUGCUGGACCACCUGACGGUGUCCUAUCUCCAGAUGGAUCAUUUAAGUUUGAAGGAGGGGGAGGAGGGCUUGACGUUUUAUACUGUGAGCCCAUCCCAAUCGUCAGACAUACUGUCGGGAAGAUCAUGGAGAAGCAGGGUUGCGUCGUUCUUUCAAUCUCAGAUGGCGAUGAUCUUAUAAGAAGAGCCACCAGUCAAGUGAAGUUUGACUUUAUAUUUACAGCGCUCAGGCUACAUAAAGUGGACGCUAUUGACGCCGUAAAAUUGAUCAGAUACACCAAUGGCAUCAACAGCGAUACUCCAGUGAUCGCUGUUACAGGAUUUGCCAAAGAAGCACAGGACCUGAACAUGUUCGAUGCCAUCUUGGAAAAGCCUAUUGAUGCAACACAGAUUCAGGGUGUGAUCAACAAAUUCCAAUGCCACGAUGUGGCAGUUGAGUCUGAUCCUGAGGAUUAG